UUCAAUUUUUACUUCUUAGAUUUGAUCUAACAAUCAUGCAUGGCGGUAUAUAACUCACCAAGAGAGUGUGUUUGUGUGUGCUUCAACUUUCAAGUUCUCUCAAUCUCCUCUCUCUCUCUGCCAUCAUCAGUAGAAAAAUUACCAUCAUCAUCAUAUCAUAUCUUGAAGUUUUGAGGAAAUGAAGGGAAGAUUAUUUUUUAGUUUUAUAUUACUAACUUCUCAAAUGGUGAUCUGGGUUUCUGCUAGCAGCAGGCCUCUUGCACCUAGUGAUGCUCUUGCUGCAGCUGCUCAUCAACCAGGCCAGAGUCCACUCAACUCUGAUACAAAGAUGAACUCAGAAGAGGGCACCAAGACCACAAAUGAAGAAGCAUAUUCUGGAAUCGGGUCUAGUCCUCCAAGCUGUGAACACAAGUGUUACGGUUGCAUUCCGUGUGAGGCUGUUCAAGUUCCCACCACCACUCACCACAAGAAAUCCCAUUUGGGGAUUCUGUAUGCAAAUUAUGAACCUGAGGGCUGGAAAUGCAAGUGUGGUCCUUCCUUCUACGGCCCUUAGGUUUUGCCAUCACAUGUAAUAUUUUCCUCAAAAUGCAUCUUCCUCUUAUUGUCAUCUCAUUGUACAAUGCAUCAACUUUGGAAUAAAUUAGCUCUCUGAAGUUUUCUUUUCUAAA